GCCAUUCUCUAACGAGAACAUCUUCCCAAAUUUUUUUCCGGUUAUCAUCUUCUCUUCUCUGCCCAUGGCUAUCACCGCCAAUACCACUGUGAUAUCUAUCACAGCCACCAUCCACUUUCCCAUCAAACUCACAUCUUCCAAUUUCCCAGUCUGAAAAUCUCAAGUUCAUGCCACUCUUAUUGGACUUGGACUAGAUUCUUAUGUUGAUGGAACUCUCACCAUUCCCGACAAAUUCACCAACGAAGCAAAAACUAUUCCCAAUCCCUGCUAUACCAUAUGGUACCGGCAAGACAAAACUAUCCUCAGUGCUCUACUGGGAAGCUGCUCCGACACUAUACAACCGCUUAUCUCACCAGCCAUUACUGCCCGAUCAGCAUGGGAGAAACUUGCUCUCACAUAUGCCAGCACCUCUCGUGGCCGCGUCAUAUCUCUCAAGACUACCCUCGCUCGUACGAAAAAGGGCUUUCGCUCUAUCACCACGUACCUUGCCGAAAUGUAUGCACUGACCAAAGCACUAGCCCUUGCACAAAAUCCCUUGUCCGAUGAAGACCUAGUCAUCAAUAUUUUGAAUGGACUUGGACCUGAGUAUAGUGAAUUAACAUCUGCCAUACGUGUCCGCGAGACGGCCCUUCCUCUCACCCAACUUCAAGAUAUUCUUCUUGAGCAGGAGGGUAAAAUUCAAGAAAAUGUUAGUUCCACGUCUGACUUAUUGCCUACAGCCCAUGCUACUCAGACUCACGAUCGCUCCUACCUUGCUGACUCACGCCUGCAACAACAACAUGUUCUUCGUGGUUCCUUCUCUCGUAGUGGACGCGGAGGCCACCAUCAGAACACCUCUCGUUCCGCAGCUACAUCUCUCACCUGCCGAUUUUGCGACAACAUAGGCCAUGAAGUUAAACACUGCCGGAAAACUUCAGCGGUUCUUACGUGAUAAUAAGGGUCCGUUCCCUGCCACACCAACAGUCAACACUACCAUGUCCACAUCUACCUCUAGCCAACCAUGGCUCUUUGACAGUGGUGCUUCCCACCACGUUACGUCCGAUGUUUCGCAACUUCCGACAUACGCCGACUACGGCGGGCCUGAAGAAGUUAUACUUGGUAACGGACCGAGUCACGGGGGCGCCUCUACUCCGCGGAGAGAAUCGUAACGAUGUUUAUUAUGCACCAGCAUCCUCCUUAUCAUCACCAGAAAUCCAUAUGUCUCAAGUCAAUCUGUCAACACCUUGGCAUCAUGUGUUUGGUCAUCCGUCCCAGAAAAUUUUUAGUCUGCUAGUUCGUCAAAAUAAAGCCAUGUUUCCCAAUAAUAAAUUUACGUUCAGCCAUUGUAAUUCUUG